AUGGCCACGUCGUCGGCCCUGAGGCCGACUAUGCUGGCGCUUGGUCUAACGCUUGGCGUCCCAGCCAUGCUCUAUUUCGGCAUACUGGGGGUGUUGGUUGCUGCACCUUCACUACAAGCUCACGCGAUUUAUCUCCACAAGGUUACCUUGACAUGGUUCAAAGAUCUAAAUACACCAGAACAAUUCGGGUUCGCUCAUCAUCAAGUCACGCCCUUCUACAUCUCGACUGCCGAUGGUAUCAAGCUGCACUCUUGGCAUGUGCUGCCUUUAGCGACGUAUGAGGUGCAUCAACAAGAGCUGAUUGCACAAGGACCCGAAGCUGGCUUGGUUGAGAACUUUGAGGAUACUCUUAACUUCCAUUUAUUGAAAGAGAACCCAAAUUCUCGAUUAGUCCUCUACUUCCAUGGCACCAGCGGCACAAUGGCCAGCGGUUGGCGCCCUGACAGCUACCGUUCUCUUUACUCGGCUGAUCCCACAAACACUCAUGUUCUUACCUUCGACUUCCGUGGAUACGGAGAGUCUACUGGCUCUCCCAGCGAGGACGGCGUCGUCACAGAUGCUGUUACCGUUGCCAACUGGGCCAUUCAUACCGCGGGUAUCCCACCUGAACGGAUCGUAAUCUUUGGCCAAAGCCUGGGCUCCGCAGUAGCCAUUGCACUUGUCAACGAGCUCGCUCAAAGGGAGCCAUCAGUUCAUUUCGCUGGACUAGUCGUUACUGCAACAUUUGCAGACAUUCCUCAGUUGUCAGCUACAUAUCGUAUCGGCGGGUUCAUUCCGGUUCUUUCACCAGUGGCCAAGGUGAAGCCACUUUUUGCCUUCUUCGCGCGCCAGCUCUCAAGCACCUGGGAUAAUAUGCAGAGACUGGGCGAAUUUGUUAAGUCGGCUGAGCGGUACGACAUCACCCUCUUGCAUGCGCAAGACGAUACGGAUAUUCCCAUGGAACAUUCCGUUAAGCUCUUCAGGGAAGCUGUUCGAGUAGCAGAGAACGUGGACGAUUUGACAGAGGGCGAGGGAGCAUUCCUCAACAGGAUAGGUAAAAAUGAGCAAAACCGUGGAGAAGGUGGUUCCGUAACUGUCUGUGCCACCAAGAAAGGUGAUAUAAGAUUAGAGAUAUUGAAGUAUGGAGUACAUGACAAGAUCAUGUCCUAUCCUGCAACAGGUCUUGCCAUCAGCAGGGCGUUUGCUUCCGGAAAUCGGAACGAUGUUACAACGUCAUGA